UACGUUUAGUUUGUACAGUCGCAGAAUGACGGACUCGGUGCCAAGUGAUAUAAUCGCGCUCGGAAACAAAAUCGCCGCAAAAAUCGGCAUCGAUAACGUGGACGUAAUUUUGCACAGCGGCAACGCCAAAGGGGAAGGGUAUCUUGGAGAAAUUGUAUUUCUCGAGUUAAAGGACAAGACCAAUGGGAAGUGCCAGCACGUGGUUGUGAAAAGGGCAUUUACUAAUAAACAAACAAGGGACACUAAUCCAAUAAGGGAGACGUUUUUGAAUGAGAUUUACUUUUAUGACGAUAUAUUGCCGGCCCUGCAGCGAUUUCAAGUGGAAAAUGGGUUUGAGAAGUUCGACAAAAUAAGUAAAUGUUUUUUGACUAGUAGGGAAGACACCAAUGAGUAUAUGGUACUGGAGAACAUAAAAAAAAUUGGCUUCGAACUGUUCGACAAAACGAAAAUUUUAUCCUAUCAACAUAUGGAAAUAAUCUAUAAAAACUAUGCCUAUUUACAUGCGACCAGCUUUUUGUACAGAAAAUACAAAACAAAAGAAUUCGAUAAAUUAUUGGGCGGCUUGUACGAUCUGUAUGAACCGUUUAUGAAAAUCGAAUAUUCUAUCACGAUGUGGACGCAAAUGUUUCAAAUGGCAAGCGAAAAACUAAUUCCUGGCGAAGACGAUGAAGUUAUAGCGGCAUUUGACAAAUAUUUAAAAGAUGGAAUAGAAAUAUUCCGGCGAUCGUGGUACUACCAAGGAAAAUACCCCCUACUUACUCACGGAGACUGCUGGAGCAAUAAUAUGAUGUUUAAAUAUGAUGAGAAAAGGAAUGUGGUGGAUUUAAAACUACUGGACUGGCAAAUCACCAAAGUAGGUUCACCAGUUCACGAUUUAUCCUACUGCCUUUAUUCAGGGGCCUCACUAGACACGUACGAAAGACUGGAUGAUUUACUCAAGCUUUAUUACGAACAUUUCUCAGCGGUUUUGCGACAAGCUGGCGAAAAUCCGGAAGAAGUGUACCCCUUUUCGGUAUUGAAAGAAGAGUGGAAGGAAUAUUGUAAAUUUGGCUGGACCAUGUCUCUAAUGGUGAUGAAAAUUAAAACUACUGAACAAGAAGACAAACUGGACUUAGUUGAUAUUAGCACUAGUGACAAUAAAAUAGAAAUGGCCAAGAAAAUGGUACGAGGAACGCCUUCAACAGAAUACGAUAGAAGAGCGCGAGAACUCUUACUGCAUGUUUACAAAAUUGGUGGCAUGUAGGACUGUAAUUUUUUAAAAUUUUUAUGUCUAGUUUGUAUAAAUAAAAUUAGAAAUUUUGAUAAACUUGUAAAAAGAAAAUAUAUGUUUUAAAUUGUUGAUGUGAA